AUGUUUGAAGAUGCAUGUGCUAUGUGCCAUCUGGACUGUGGGGAAGGAUCCUCACCAAAAAUGGUAAAUGGAUGUCCAAGUUGUACAGAAUGCGUCACCAAUGCGAAAAGAACCUCUGAACCUAUAGCAUGUCCUAUGUGUUUUCUGGAAUGUGACAAGGGAUCAUCUCCACAAAUAUUAAAUGGAUGCCCAAGCUGUUCAGUAUGCGUGCCAGAUGCAGUUAAAAGAGAUGUAGGAUGUGUUGCUUGCUUUCUGGAAUGUGGAGCAGGAUCUUCACCAAAAAUGGAAGGUGGAUGCCCUAGCUGCACAGAAUGCGUAAAAGAUGGCAAAAGAGACGGUCUUUUUGAACGAGCACCAUGUAAACAAUGCAGAAGAGGAUGCCCAGCCGGCCAGAGAAUCCGUGAUUGUACACCUGCAGACGGUUCAAAUGUGGUUUGUGACUGCGUACCAGUUGACGGCAAAAGAAACAAUUUGGUUGAACGAGCACCAUGUAAGCAAUGUAGAAAAGGAUGCCCACCUGGUCAAAGAAUCCGGGAUUGUACACCUGCAGACGGUUCAAAUGUGGUUUGUGACUGUGUACCAGUCGGAGGCAAAAGAAACAAUUUGUAUGAACGAGCACCAUGUAAGCAAUGUAGAAGAGGAUGCCCACCUGGAAAGAAACUGCCCGCUUGUCCACGAACAGACUGCGUAUGCGUACCUGUAUAGAUGUGGCACUGAUUAGACGAUCCUGAUUAAUGACUUGUCAGUAUGUCAUACAAAAGAAAUAUAACAUGUAAAGCCAAAAUUUUAGAGACACAACAUAAAAUCUAGAUAUAUUA